AUGGUGGGCAUUAUAAGACAAUGGCAGAAACUGAUGAGCAUAGUUUGUAAAUCUAAAGAUAAUGUUCCUCCAGAUGUACCAGAAGGUCACCUCGCUGUGUAUGCUGGAUAUGGGUGUGAAAGACAGCGUUUUAUUGUCCCUGCAAUUUACUUUAAUCAUUCAUUGUUUCGGCCAUUGCUGGACAAGGCAGAAGAGAUGUUUGGAUUCAAUCACAGUGGCCCAAUUCUCAUUCUUUGCAAGCCUUUACUGUUUGAACAAAUCCUCGGUCUUUUGAGUGGAAAUUCUACUAAAAUUCUUAACGUUGAGGAACUGGUAAAGAGAAUUUGUGAUAAGGAUAUGGAAACAGAGGGACUGAUUUCAUCUGUUAUUAGAAACCAUCUUGGGCACAUAUCUGAACUACGCUGUUGA